UGCACAUGUGCACACUCAGAUACAGGAAUCUGCACACUUGCACCCUCCACACAAUCUGGUGCGCAGAGAUAGAGACUGUGUGAGUGAGACUACGUAGUGCAGAGGAGAGGUGACUUGUGGCUGUCCAGAGAGAGACGGAAUGAUGUUCAUGCACCCAGGCUCUUUGAUGCCCCUCGUGGCCAUGUAUCUGGCAUUUCCAGGUCUGUCUGUGUUUGGACAGGAGUUCCCAUCAGGCCCUCAUGGCUGUUCGCACGGAAGCUGUUACCCAGCAACAGGAAACCUUCUGAUUGGACGAGGUGUCAACUUGACUGCCACUUCAACCUGUGGUUUGGAUGGCCCAGAGCAGUACUGCAUUGUCAGCCAUCUACAGGAGUCAGACAAGUGCUUCGACUGUAACUCCCAGCGUCCCUACGACCCGCACCACCACAGAACCAGCCACCGCAUUGAAAAUGUGAUCUACCUCAAGGACAGUAAUGAAGUCAAUACCUGGUGGCAGUCUGUAAAUGGACAGGAAGAUGUCAGCAUCAGACUGAACCUGGAGGCUGAAUUCCACUUCACACAUCUCAUCAUAAAGUUCAAGACCUUCCGACCUGCAGCCAUGGUUAUUGAGCGUUCCAUUAAUUUUGGCCGUACAUGGCGCCCAUACCGCUAUUUUGCCUACAACUGUACCAAGACAUUUCCUAACAUCCCUGCUCAUGGCCUCCACCAUAUCAAUGACAUCAUCUGUGAUGAACGUUACUCUGACAUCGAGCCUUCCACGCAUGGAGAAGUCAUUUAUAAAGUAUUGGAUCCUGCCAUUCAUGUGAAGGACCCAUACAGCUUGAACAUUCAAGAUCUUCUCCGUAUCACCAACCUACGUAUUAACUUCACUAAGCUUCACACACUGGGAGAUGACCUGUUGGACCGACGCUCUGAUGUCCUGCAGAAAUAUUACUACGCCAUCUAUGAACUGGUUGUUAGAGGGAGCUGUUUCUGUUAUGGACACGCUUCAGAGUGCACCCCUGUGCCAGGGGUCAAAACCCGGGAGAAUGGCAUGAUACACGGACACUGUGUGUGCAAACAUAAUACUGAAGGUCUGAACUGUGAACGCUGUCGAGAUUUCUACCACGAUCUCCCCUGGAGGCCAGCUGAAGCAGAAAAUCCACACACCUGCAAAGAAUGUAACUGUAAUGGCCACUCCAGUCAGUGCCACUUUGACAUGGCAGUGUAUUUGGCCACGGGCAAUAUCAGUGGAGGAGUUUGUGAUGAUUGUUUGCACAACACGAUGGGACGCAACUGUGAAAUAUGCAAACCAUUCUUCUACCAAAACCCCACCAAAGAUAUCAGAGACCCACGGGUUUGUACUGCCUGUGACUGUGACCCGGUCGGGUCAUUAGAAGGUGGAGUGUGCGACAGCUACACUGAUCAGGACAUGGGGAUGAUCGCUGGACAGUGUCGCUGCAAAGCCAAUGUCAAAGGAGCACGCUGUGAUUAUUGCAAAGAAGGCUAUUAUGGGCUGAGUCACAAUGACCCGCUGGGCUGUCAGCCAUGCAACUGUGACCCUCGUGGCAUUAUUAUAAUGGGAACUCCUUGUGACCAGAUCAGUGGGGAUUGCUCCUGCAAAAGAUAUGUUAGUGGACGCUAUUGUAACCAGUGUCUGCCUGAAUACUGGGGACUCAGUUAUGACCUGGCCGGCUGCAGACCAUGUGACUGUGAGUUUGGUGGAUCUUACAACAACAGGUGCAUGAUGGAGAAUGGGCAGUGUGACUGCAGGAAACAUAUGACUGGUCGCCAGUGUUCAGAUGUGCAACUUGGGUAUUUCUGUGCACCGCUUGACUACUAUAAAUACGAGGCUGAAGAUGCCACCGGACAUUCUCCAAAUGACCUCAUACUGCCGGGCAAAGCUCGUCCUCAGGCAGAGAUCGACUGUGUUGAGCACCUCAGCAACCAGCUGAGGAGGCACCGACGUCAUCGCCGUAUUGCCAAUGUGCAACAACAGAGGGCAGCGCUGAGACGCAUUCGCCAGCUUCAGCAAACACCAGCUGUAACAACUGUUCACAGAGAACAUAGUGACAGCCACAUGGUGACAUGGACAGGACCUGGUUUUGCUCGCAUCAAAGACGGGGCUGGCCUGGUAUUUACCAUCGACAACAUUCCCUAUGCCAUGGAGUAUGACAUCAUGAUUCGCUAUGAACCUGAGUCGACAGAGGACUGGGAGGCCAUGGUUAGUAUUACCUCUGUACAUCUGCCAUCCAGCCUCAGGUGUGGAAACCUUUUACCAACAGAACAGCUGUACACAGUGACCCUACCGCAUCAUAACAGAUUCAUCCAGAUGCCCAGACCAUUUUGUUUUGAGCCCAGUAAUCGUUACGUGAUUGCAAUCAGGUUCCAGCGUCACAGAGUCUCACACAGACAUCUGACUGCCUUCAUUCUUAUCGACUCGCUGGUUUUGAUCCCCAAAUACACUGAGCUUCCUGGUUUCCAAGGUAACGAUGCGGCGGCAGAGCAGCGGCGUGAUGAAAUGCUUCGAUACAUGUGUCUGGAUUCCUUCAUGAUCACGCCGAUGCCUCCUUUGGCUGAAAUGUGCUCCAAGCUCAUCUGCAGCAUUUCUUCCAUCAUUCAUGAUGGUGCUCUGUCCUGUCAUUGUGACCCUCAGGGGGCCCUCAGUGCCGAGUGCGACAAGGUAGGAGGCCAGUGUCGUUGUAAAACCAAUGUGAUUGGUCAACGCUGUGAGCAGUGUGCCCCGGGAACAUACGGCUUUGGACCUUAUGGCUGCGCGGCCUGUGACUGCCAUUCUCAGGGUUCACUGAGCAACCAGUGUGAUCCAGCUACAGGCCAGUGCCACUGCAGACAGGGUGUAACUGGACGCCAGUGCUCAGACUGCCAACCAGGUCAGUGGGGCUUCCCGAGUUGCAGCCCCUGUCAGUGUAAUGGCCAUGCAGACAGCUGUGACCCCCACACUGGAGAGUGUAGAGACUGCAGAGACUACACAGCAGGACACUUCUGUGAGCGCUGUGUGGAUGGGUUCUUUGGAAAUCCAGUGCUUGGCUCAGGGGAACACUGUCGCCCCUGCCCUUGUCCCGGUAACCCUGACACGGAUCACUUUAACGGUCACUCCUGCUAUGCAGACCAGUCAUCGAACCAGAUCAUCUGUAACUGCAAACAAGGCUACGCUGGCUCUCGCUGUGAUAAAUGCGCUCCUGGUCACUAUGGCAACCCUGAGCAACCUGGUGGGCAGUGCAUUCCUUGUCAGUGUCAUGGCAACAUCGAUACCCAGGACCCUGGCUCAUGUGACCCAGAGACUGGUCGGUGCCUCAAGUGUCUUUACUACACCGACGGCCCAUCAUGUGCUCAGUGUCAACAAGGUUUCUAUGGCAAUGCUUUGGCUCAGGACUGCAGACGUUGCACUUGUGUGACUGCUGGCACUGCUCAGUUCGCUUGCAGUGAUGGUCAGUGUCACUGUGACCGACACACCGGGGCCUGUCCUUGCAGGGAGAAUGUGGUUGGCCAUAAUUGCGAUCAGUGUGCUCCUAGUUACUGGAACUAUGGUGCAGACCGAGGCUGUGAGGUCUGUGACUGUGACCCUCAACACUCCCUGGGAACUCACUGUAACAUGUUCACAGGCCAGUGCCACUGUCAUCCAGGCUUUGGAGGUAAAAAAUGCACUGAGUGUGAGCAGUUUCAUUGGGGGGACCCACAGGUGCAAUGUCAAGAGUGUAACUGCCACCCUUUUGGCUCACAGAUGGCUCAGUGUGACAGCGUAACAGGUGUGUGCGAAUGUGUGGAAGGAGCAGCAGGGAAACACUGUGAUGAAUGCGCUCGAGGCUUCACAGGCAUCUUCCCGAAGUGUGUGCACUGUCACCCAUGUUUCGAGCUGUGGGACGAUGUGGUGUGUCAGAUUAAAAGGGACCUGGAAUAUAUCCAGUACACCAUGCAGAAGAUCCUUGAAAGUGGAGCACAUGGGGUCACACCUGGGGUUGGGGACAUGCGCAUAAAAGAACUGGAAAAGAAGCUGAAGCAGAUUCUGUAUCUGAUUAGUGGCGAGGACAGUGAUAGAAUCUACCAGCUGAUUGGACAGAGCAUCGAUGACAUCAGGGCUGAGAUUGCCUUGACUGACGGGCGUCUAAUGGGGAUUGCACGGGAGCUAAACGCAACAGCAGAAAAAGAAGGUGCAUUGAGCCGCACACUGAGUGACCUGGAACGGGAGCUGAGGGACAUCAACACGACUGUGGCUCGUAAACAGAAUGAGCUGCAGAACUACAUCAACUCAGGAUUUACAGAUCAGUAUGACAAUGUGAAGAAGUUCUACCAGGAGUCAGUGGAGGCUGAGAUGAAAUGCAACGCUUCAGUGUUUGGUUCUUCUAGUCCUGUUGAACAGUCCAAAGAAACCCGUGCAGUCACCAAAGGCCUUCUGAAUGCCCAAAACAACAAGUUCCUCCAUGAUCUAGCUGCUCAGAACAAAUCGCUGGAGGAGCUGCAAGAUAAAGCUGAUGACAUGGAUAAGAAGAUCCAGCAUCUCAGUCACAAGGUGUGCGGUAGCCAUUACAAUACCAGCGUCAAUGGCAGUUGUCCAGGCAGUCAAUGUGGUGGUGCCGGUUGCCUUGAUGACAAAGGUAAUCCUGUUUGUGGUGGUGAAGGCUGUAAUGGGACCGUGGGCACCUCAGUAGCAGCACUGAAACAUGCCAAGAAUGUUGCCAACAAUCUGACCUCUGCCAAUGAGGAGCUGCAAGCUGUAGCAAGAAAGCUGCAGGAUAUAUUCUCUCUGACGCAGGAUGUGAAGAACCAGGCUAUGACCACUCUAGCAAAAGCUCAGAAAAAGAAGGAGCACUUUGAAAAGUCUAGCAAGAAGCUCAAAGAAUUUAUUAAGAAGAUCAGAGACUUCCUCACUGAGGAAGGAGCAGAUCCAGAAAGCAUUGAGAAGGUGGCUCGACAGGUAUUGUCCAUCACCCUACCGGUCAAUAAGACCAGUCUGAACAAAAUGGUCGAACAGAUAAAAGGCAGCCUUUCCAACCUCACAAACAUUGAGGGGGUUGUCAACCAAACAUCAGAGCAAGUUAACAAAGCCAAGGAGCUGCUCAGCAAAGCUAAAGCUGUCAAGAGCCAAGCAGACAGAGUGAAGGACAGAGCCAACAGUACCAAGCAGGCAGUGGAUGCUUCUCAGAAGGCUAUCAAGAAGGCAACAGCGGCACUGAAGGAGGCCAUUAAGAACCUGAACAGCACAAGAAAUGCAACUGAUGAGGUGGCAGAGAGGCUGAUGCAGCUGGAUGACAAGCAGAUGGACAUCAUAAUGCGUUUGAAGAAUCUCUCUGUGGAUUUGGAUGCUCUCAAGAAUAAAACAGCGCAGAAUAUGGAGAUGGCAAUGGAUGCCAAAGCACUGGCAAACAAUGCCACAGAGCUGGCAUCCUCACUGGUUCAGAGUCUUAAUGACACAGAGAAGCAGUACGACGAGCUGCAAAAGAAGGUGGACUCUCUUAGUGGGUCUGGAGUAAUGGGAAAUGUCAACCAGAAGGCUAUGGAUAUGAAGAAGGAGGCAGAAGACCUUCUCAAGAAAGCCAACAAGGGGAUAGACAAACUAAAGAAACUGGAGAAAAAAUUCAAGAGUAAUGAGCAGCGCAUGCAGGAGCAGCGUGAAGAGCUGGCGGAGCUGGAGAGAAACGCCACUGUAGCGCGAGAGGAGAUCCAGAAUCAUGUGCAAAAGUACAGUACCUGUGUGUGAGGAUGUCAAGGUUCUGUUUACUGUUUGGUGCUGUAGUCCAGAAGAGAUUUGUGACUCACAGAAAACUACAUCACCACUAAAAUCAGACACAGCUCUGGUGCCUGUGAUCUUUCAGUGGAAUUUCAAAUUUUACAGAUUAUCAUUUCCACAGAAUACCUUUCUUUGUUCAUGUACUAUGUCACAUUUUGACUCAAGGAUAUCAAUGCUACUGUAUGGUGUUAAUGUCUUUAAGCUAUGAAAACAAGUUUCACUGUAUAGCUCAUGUUAAUUAAUUUCAUAAGAUACACAGAAUAAAUAUAUUUGAAUAUGUUGUAAAUUUUCUGUUUUGACCAAAAAUCUUUUGUAUGUUUCCCGUCAUUUGUCCAUAUUUUUAUGCUUUUACAUGCUCACAUUCCU